AUGAGCUACGUGAAUUUUUCAGAAAAAAUCGUUUGCCCAAGUGAGUGGGUGAGCCUCGUUGAGGCAGAGAAGCUGGAAGACGCCAUACAUGCCGUGAUCGGUAGCCAUGUGCUCAAUUUGAGAAAAAAAGUGCCACCGUUCGUGUUCUUAGAAUUCGAGAUAAAAGGAACAUUGGUGGAAACUCAGGGGACGUUUGUAUUUUUGAAAGAUGCAGAGUUCCAAACUUGGUACGAAUCCUCUGAUCGGUGGAGAGACUUUGCGGAGGCAAAUGUGGGGCUUGAUGCGGACGAGGAGCCGGAUGUGCUAUUUUAUAUGACAGCGGAUGGUGAACUGGCUGACUCGGAUGUCCCCGGAUACAUUGAAUUCCGGGAAAAUGUGUUCAUCCCACGUACGUGGUUUGAGCACAUGCCGAAUGAUGGUGCAAUCCGGGAGCACAUUGUUGGUGCUGUGGGGCUGCAAGUGUUGGAUCCUCGAAAAAGGGUGUGCUUGCAGCGGUGCGCGGCAUCACCGGAGCUGAUCCUCACCCACAUGCGAAGAGGAUAUUGGUUUGUGCCUCGCGAGGACCGCCAAAGGACGAUUCGCGACUAUGCUGGAUACGGACGCAUGGUGUACAGGGUGUAG